CUCUCUUGCGCGCUCCUUCAGCUCCUCCCCCGCGCGGUGGUGGCUUCCCCCCUCCAUCAAAAGCCCGCUCAGCGACGCCAGCUUUUGGGGGGUGAGGGGGAACUCCGAAAGCAAAGAAAGCGGGGUGUUUCUCUUCUUUCUCCCCCUCCUUUUCUCCCCAGACUGCAUCCAGGGUCUGAAACUUCGAGAGAGUUAUCGCCGCUGCCUUCCUUUAAGAACAGAUCUCGGAAUAAAACACAACCUGCCGUCUUCUCCCAACUCCCCUCCCAUUUCGCUUCCCUCUCACUCCGUCGCUCUCUCUCUCUCCCUCUCUGUCUCUCUCUCUCGCACACGUUCCCUCCCCGCCCCUCCACCAGCAUCAGGGGCAAUGGGAAAAGUUACUGGCUGGUACCCAGGCUGGCACGUUGCUCUGCUAGCCGCCCGGACAUGGCUUUUGAUCCUCACUUUUGGCUUCAUCGGGGCAGAAAUCACUUGCAGCUCGUGCCGUUGGCAGGUGCAGCUCCAGCUGCGGGAGCAGCAGCAGCGACCUCAGGACGGAUUAUUAAUGCACUUGAGGACGGCGGGGCGAAGAGGCGACGAGGCAAGGAGGAGACCCGGGGAGGAAAGAGGUGAGAGGCGUCCCGGUGGUGGCGAGGAGGCGCCGGCGAGUGCCGGGGAUCCAGCCCUCUCCGCUUCUGCCCCCGCUGGGGAGAAAGACACCCCGCCACCGGCAUCGCGCAGCCUGGCGGGCUCCCGGCAGUUGAGCGGCGAGCGCCCCGAGGCUCGGCUCCGGCGCCGAGCGUCGCCCUCGGGUGGGAAUCGAGCCGGGCGCGCCAAGUUCUCUUCCGCAGAAGGGCGCCCGGCGGCGAACUCUCAGGCCGGCCGCGCUGCCCGAUCGGCUCCCCUGGGUCGCCUGAAGAAGCCCAGCGCGGAUCGGAGGCGGCUGGCGAACCGGAAGCCCCGAGGGGCCCCGGCAGAGAGAGACAAGCCUCCGGAGAGCCGGGAACGGGCAAGUCCGGAGCAGCUGCCGGGGAAAGCCACGCGCUUCCGCCUGGAGGAGCUGAAAUUGACGAGCACGACCUUUGCCCUCACGGGGGAUUCGGCGCAUAACCAAGCCAUGGUGCACUGGUCGGGACACAACAGUAGCGUGAUUUUAAUUCUGACAAAGCUGUAUGACUACAACCUGGGGAGUAUCACGGAGAGCUCACUGUGGAGGUCAACAGAUUAUGGGACAACAUAGAAAAUGAAUGACAAAGUGGGUCUGAAGACCAUUCUUAGCUACCUCUAUGUCUGCCCAACUAAUAAGCGCAAGAUUAUGUUGCUUACUGACCCUGAGAUUGAGAGCAGCCUGUUGAUCAGUUCUGAUGAAGGCGCCACCUAUCAAAAAUACCGUCUGAACUUCUACAUCCACAGCAUGCUCUUCCAUCCCAAGCAGGAGGAUUGGAUUCUGGCCUAUAGUCAGGAUCAGAAGUUAUACAGUUCAGUGGAAUUUGGAAGAAGAUGGCUACUACUCCAGGAAAACGUAACACCAAACAGAUUCUACUGGUCUAGGAUGGGUACUGCUAAAGAGCCAGACAUAGUCCAUUUGGAAUCAAAGACAGUGGAUGGCCAUGCACAGUACAUCACCUGCAGGAUGCAGAACUGCUCCGAAGCUAUAAGAAGUAAACCUUUUCCAGGAUACAUUGACUCUGACUCCCUCAUUGUCCAGGAUGAUUAUGUGUUUGUUCAGCUGACAUCAGGAGGCCGGCCUCAUUACUACGUGUCCUAUCGGAGAAAUGCAUUUGCGCAGAUGAGGCUUCCUAAGUAUGCUUUGCCAAAGGACAUGCACGUCAUCAGCACUGAUGAGAAUCAGGUGUUUGCUGCAGUCCAAGAAUGGAACCAGAACGAUACGUAUAAUCUCUACAUCUCUGAUACCCGGGGGGUCUACUUCACCCUGGCUUUGGAAAAUGUCAAGAGCAGCCGAGACCUGGAGGGCAAUGUGAUGAUAGACCUCUAUGAGGUAGCAGGGAUAAAGGGAAUGUUCUUGGCUAACAAGAAGAUUGACAACCAAGUGAAAACUUUCAUCACCUACAAUAAAGGAAGAGACUGGCACUUGCUACAGGCCCCAGACACAGAUCUGAGAGGAAACUCGGUUCAUUGCCUCCUGCCCUAUUGUUCCCUUCACCUACACCUGAAGGUUUCAGAAAAUCCAUACACUUCAGGCAACAUUGCCAGUCGAGAUACUGCUCCAGGCAUCAUUGUGGCUUCUGGUAAUAUUGGAAAUGAGUUGUCGGAUAAUGAUAUCAGCAUGUUCGUUUCAUCUGAUGCUGGAAACACGUGGAGACAAAUCUUUGAAGACGAACACAGUGUUCUUUAUCUGGAUCAAGGUGGGGUUUUGGUUGCCAUGAAACAUACGUCGCUGCCUAUAAGACAUCUCUGGUUAAGUUUCGAUGAAGGAAGGUCCUGGAGCAAAUACAGCUUCACAUCCAUCCCACUUUUUGUUGAUGGCGUUUUGGGAGAACCUGGAGAAGAGACUUUGAUUAUGACAGUUUUUGGGCAUUUUAGCCAUCGCUCUGAAUGGCAGCUGGUGAAGGUGGACUACAAGUCAAUCUUUGACCGACGGUGUGCUGAGGAUGACUACCGCCCCUGGCAGCUUCAUAGCCAGGGAGAAGCAUGCAUCAUGGGAGCAAAAAGGAUCUACAGGAAGCGUAAGUCAGAAAAGAAAUGUAUGCAGGGCAAGUACGCCGGAGCCAUGGCAUCUGAACCAUGUGUCUGCACAGAGGCAGACUUUGAUUGUGACUAUGGAUUUGAGCGUCACAGCAAUGGCCAGUGUUUGCCAGCAUUUUGGUACAACCCAUCGUCCUUGUCAAAAGACUGCAGUAUCGGUCAGAGUUAUCUCAACAGCACUGGGUAUAGGAAGGUUGUAUCUAAUAACUGCACAGAUGGUGUGCGUGAACAGUACACAGCCAAGCCUCAGCAGUGUCCUGGCAAAGCUCCACGAGGACUUCGAGUUGUCACUUCAGAUGGCACAUUGACAUCAGAACAAGGGCACAAUGUUACCUUCAUGGUGCAGCUGGAGGAGGGUGACAUUCAAAGAUCAAUAAUCCGUGUGGAUUUUGGAGACGGCAGUGCUGUGUCGUAUGCCAAUCUCAGCUCCACAGAAGAUGGGAUCAAGCACAUCUACCAGAAUGUGGGGAUUUUCCGAGUAACAGCGCAGGUGGAAAACAGCCUGGGGGCAGACAGUGCUGUCAUGUACUUGCAUGUAAAUUGUCCUUUGGAACAUGUCCAUUUAUCGUUGCCAUUUGUGACAACAAAGAACAAAGAAGUUAAUGCCACGGCAGUCCUGUGGCCCAGUCAAGUUGGAACACUGACUUAUAUCUGGUGGUUUGGAAAUAACACCGAGCCACUGAUUACCCUGGAAGGGAGCAUUGCAUUUACAUUCUCCACUGAAGGGAUGAACACUAUCACAGUGCAGGUUUCUGCAGGAAAUGCCAUUCUGCAAGACACCAAGAUGAUUGCAGUGUAUGAGCAAUUUCUAUCACUACGGUUAUCGUUCUCUCCGAAUUUGGACGACUACAAUCCAGACAUUCCUGAAUGGAGACGAGACAUCAGUCGAGUCAUCAAGAAUGCUCUGGUGGACGUAACAGGCAUUUCCAGUAAGCAUAUCUUGGUGGCAAUCCUGCCAGGUUUACCCACAUCAGCAGAACUCUUUAUUUUGCCUUAUAAGGAUGUCACAGGAGAAGACAAACGAACAGCAGAAGACCUACAACAGAUUUCAGAUAUAUUGGUCCAGAAACUGAACCAAAACGCCAUCCAGUUUGAUUUAAAGCCUGGGGUUCGAAUCCUUGUCCAUGCUGCCCAUUUAACAGCAGCCCCACUCAUAGAUGUCACACCUAGCCACAGUGGUUCAGCCAUGCUGAUGCUGCUCUCCGUGGUAUUUGUGGGAUUGGCAGUAUUUGUAAUCUACAAAUUCAAAAGGAAGAUUCCGGGCAUUAAUGUUUAUGCACAGAUGCAGAAUGAGAAAGAUCAAGAGAUGGUCAGUCCAGGCAGUCAAAGUGAAAGCAUGCCUAAUGUCCCUCAAAGGGAGCUGAUGACCCCAGAACAACUAGUAGAUGAGAAGUUGGAUACCCAGCCCAUAGGUAAAUAA